AAGAGAAGAAGACGUACUUCCUGUUUGUGUUACAUUAUUGUCUUCCGUAUUUUAUGUCGGUGGAAAAUUAAGACACAUCCCUGAGGAGAGGAAAACCUAUUCUCUGAUUAAUGUUUGACUCAUAAUGGCUGUGGCCAUGAGUUCACGAUGUCCCGGCCUGUACUGUGGCAGGAUCAUGGUGAACGGAUCGGUGGAGGGAGAUUGCGGAGUUUGUCCUCGUGGCGAGCGUGCAAACCUGCAGAAGGUGUGUGAACGCUGCACCGAGGCUCCUGAGCUCUACGACUGGCUCUAUCUGGGCUUCAUGGCCAUGCUGCCGCUGGUGCUGCACUGGUUCUUCAUCGAGUGGUACUCCGGGAAGAAGAGCUCGAGCGCUCUGCUGCAGCACAUCACGGCCAUGUUGGAGUGCAGCGUGUCAGCCGUGGUCACCCUGCUGGUCACAGAGCCGGUGGGGCUGCUCGGUAUUCGUUCCUGUCGAGUCCAGAUGCUGUCAGACUGGUACACCAUGCUGUACAACCCCAGCCCGGACUACGUCAACACGCUACACUGCACCCAGGAGGCCGUCUACCCGCUCUACACCAUCGUGCUGAUCUACUACGCAUUCUGCCUGGUGCUGAUGAUGCUGCUACGCCCCCUGCUGGUGAAGAAGAUCGCAUGCGGUCUGGGAAAAUCUGAUCGCUUCAAGAGCAUCUACGCUGCUCUGUACUUCUUCCCCAUCCUCACCGUGCUGCAGGCGGUGGGCGGAGGUCUGCUCUAUUACGCGUUCCCGUACAUCAUCCUGGUUCUGUCUCUGGUCACUCUGGCUGUCUACAUGUCUGCCUCUGAGAUUCAGUCCUUUAAGCACCUGUUCGCCAAGAAGAAGCGUCUGGUCGUCCUGUUCAGCCACUGGCUGCUCCACGCGUACGGCAUCAUCUCCAUCUCUCGGUUGGACAAGCUGGAGCAGGACCUGCCGCUGUUGGCCCUGGUCCCCGGCCCCGCCCUCUUCUACAUCGCCACGGCAAAGUUCACCGAGCCGAGCCGGAUCCUGUCUGAGGGUGGGAACGGACACUGAGCUGAUCCGCUCAGGGGGUCACAUGUAAAGUAAGAUUGAAUGAGCCGUCAGAGGACCAGACAGCGGCGUGUGACUGAGUGAUUCACGGGUUUGAAUGAGGCUCAGUUUAAACGCUGAAGUGACGUCAGGAUCAAUCAUCUCUAUCCAAAUCAACUCUCAACCCUCACCAGCCUUUGGUUUGGAAGAAGUCCCUCAGACUUCAGCUCAGAGAUCACGUCUGAAUCUGACUCUCACUUUAAAGCUCCCGUGAGGAGCGGACUGUAGUUGAUGCUUCUGUGUCAGACGAGACCGUCAACGCCAAGAUUCAUCAUCUCACUGUUCUUACUUUUUAAUGCUUUAACCACUCCUGCACGGUUGGUGUCAGAGGGUGGGCGAAGAGAUGUUUGUUGUUUGUUUUUCUUGUGUGUCAUAUGAGACCUACAGGGGACGCCAGUCAGCUCGGCCCCUUUGUGGAGAAGCAGACUUAAACACUAUCCUCGGAGGCGACACUUAAACCUACGUGUUGUCCGCCUGCAGCGACGGAUCGGCUGUGCGGGUCUGUGGGCUUUGAGAGAGACAGCGAUCGCUUUGGUUCUCCGCCCAGUUUCUCAACAAAGGGGACGAGCUGACGAGCUGAUGAGGACCCUGUACGGGUAAAACACUUACUGCUGACAGGUUCCUCAAACUACCACACUUCAGAAACACUGAGCCAUCCACUGCUGAAGCGGACUCCAUUUAAAACUCUCACAGCGAAGACUUUUAAAAAGUAGAAUGAGGAAAAUAAAACACUGCUCUGUAAAUAAAUCAGUUCAUCCUUCAGGAAACAGAAAAUCUAUCCUGACUCAAAUCUAAUCUUUUCAGACGAGUCCAAAAAUCCCAAACGAGCUCACUCAGUUUGUUUUAAACACAGACGAACCCUUCGCCUUUAUAUUUAUUUAAUAAUCAAACGUUUGUGAAGAACACUUUAUGUGCAUGUUCCUGCCUCCUGUACAUGUUCUUGUAAAUACAGUAAAUAUGCAUGUGUAGGUUCAACAGCUGCUGGCUGAUGGAGGAUCACUAAGUUAUAAGUGUACAGAAACAUUAACAGACAUGCACCCAAACAUUUAAAUGAAUCUGUGUAAAUGUGUAAAUGUGUCUCUGCUGUUUGGAGACACGGUGAGCUGAAGACGAUGAUUCUCCAUGACUGUAAAUAUGUGCUGUAAUAAUUCUGUGGUCUGAGAUUCAGACGUCCCUGCGUGUGUAAUUUGAGUGCGACUUGACUCCGCAUGUAAAUACAGUUCAGCUUAUAUCCCGUCAGCCUGAGCUCAACCCUCAAACACGUCUGAGUCAGCUCCAUAAAUCUCUCCUGCUGAGGAUCUGUUAUCAGCGAGCGACAGAGCUGCAUCAGUGAAGUUCAACAGAUAACAAAAACAUGCGUCCUCUCCUUUGUGCCGACCACAGAAGCUGAACGGGUGAAACUGUUACGAAGAGGAUCAUGUAUAGUGAGGGUGUGAUCCUGACACGGUGGAGAAGCCCCUCCAUAUGAACAGAUGGGACAUGGGUCAAAGUGUGAAAUCAUACACAGGUCGAAUAAAUGUUUGAAAACAUG